CAUUACCGUCCCGCUCAAACGAAGCGCGGGGGCAGUUCCCGAACCUUUCCGGGACACCCCGUAAAAGAAAAGGGGUGGAGCCUAGCAGUGGUGACCCGGAAGCAGAAGUGAUUUUCCACAGGCGGAGUGCUGGGGAGCGGCAGCAGCGGCCACAGCGGUAGAAACAGCAGUGCAUCGGUGUGCGGCCCCGAACUGGGAAGAAGAUGCUAAUUAAAGUGAAGACGCUGACCGGAAAGGAGAUUGAAAUUGACAUUGAGCCCACGGACAAGGUGGAGCGAAUUAAGGAGCGAGUGGAAGAGAAAGAGGGAAUCCCCCCACAGCAACAGCGCCUCAUCUACAGUGGCAAACAGAUGAAUGACGAGAAGACAGCAGCCGACUACAAGAUCUUAGGUGGCUCAGUCCUUCACCUGGUGUUGGCGCUGAGAGGAGGAGGUGGUCGUCUUGGGCAGUGAUGGACCCUGUUACCUCCUCACCCUGUCGCUGGUCACAAGGCACCAUAGGUCCUCAUUCUCUGGGACCCCAGAGCCACUGUCCCCUCCCCUGGAUGCCCAGUCUUGUGUAUCUGCUGGGGGGUGGAGGGGCUACUGUGAGGAUCCCAGGAUGCAGUGUUUCUGGCCCAAAGGGCCCUUGCUGGCUCUUGGGUUUUAGUUUGUGGUCCUGUGUGCUCCCCUCUCACCACUGUGUCCCUGGUUGUCAAUAAAACAUUACCUGGC